CUUUUUUUUCGAUCCUCAACUGCGCUUCCAUAAUCGAUUCACCCAUCACCUAGCGACUACUUAUGUCGGAAUUUUUCGAUCGUUUUAUAUGAUUCAUAAAAUCACAGGCUGUCCCUUGUUCGAAAACGUCAAUAACACUGUCAAAGUAGUUCUCCGGCAAACAAACAUCUAUCAGGGUCUCGCCGCCUUACCGAGUAGAGAGGCACAAGCCUCGCCCUUGCCCGGCUCCGCAAGAGCCUCGAAGACGCGACCAUGGACGGACGCGACAGAUCAAGAAGAUACGAAGAUGGUGAAGUGACGCGCUAUGGAGCGGGAGAAUCCUAUCGGCCAUUCAACCGCGACCGCUCCCCACGCCGGCCGGCCAGGAGUCCCCUGAUGCGCGGCGACCGCGACAGGCCCAGGAGCCCGCCCGCCGACAGCUACGUACCGCCGCCGCGCCGCCACCAGCGCUCCCGCAGCCCCGACCGGUUCCGUGGCGGCGGCGGAGGAGGUGGAGGCGGUGGUCUCGGCCACGGACACGGGGACCCAAAGCCCAGCCAGGCAGAUUGUUGGAGGAGACGGGAUGAUAGUCGCGGCAGGCCCAGGAGUCCGCUGCCCAGGCGGAGCCCUCCACCGCCGAGGAGGAGCCCCAUCAGGAGGAGCCCGCUGCCUAGGUAUGGUGGCAGUCCCCGGAGGAUGGAUGGUCGCGCGAGGAGUCCGCCGAGGAGGGACUAUGAUGGACCGAGACGAAGAUCUCGUUCCCCUAUCGACCGCAUGCGCCGUUCUCGAUCCCCAGUUCGCCGCAGUCCAAUACCACCACCACCACGCUCUUACCGCCCACCACGGUCGCGCAGUCCGCCACGAGGCGACGAUCGAUACAUAGGGCCAGCUUCUCGAAACAACAACAACCGUUCCCCACCACAUCCGUUCAACUUGGGUAGCAACGCGAGGGAUUCGAACCUAUCUUCCCGCUCCGCUUCUGGUCGAUCCUCACCACAUCCCAACACAGUCCGCCGAGGAGAUAGGUCUAUCCCGCAGAGCCCUCUUUCGCGCUCACCGGCAUUCGUUUCUAGCGCAAACGCCAUCCCUGUCGUUCAGGUGCGGGAUCGCGAGCGUGCGGCAGAGAAACCCCCGCCGCCGCCACCGGCCGUUUCUGAACCCUCCGCCAACACCGCCUCUACUGCGACUCCUACUGCUGCUGCUGCACCUGCAGCUCCCCAGCCUGAGCGCGCACAGUCGGCGGCCAUUACACAGCCAUUAACAUCAACACAAGCACCAGCAUCAACACCGACACAGGCACCGGCACCGGCACCACCAGCGCCUGCACCAAAGUCCCCUCCUCGAGGGCCGGCAGCUCUCCGCGGUGCACCGCCGACAGGGCCCAGGGAAAACAGGAAGCCUUCGCUGGCAUCAUCGACCCCGGCACGUCAGUCCGCCUCGCCGGCCGUCACCUCCAACGCGAACCGCAUCGACGCUGCCUCACCCACGGCACCACCUUCAGGUCCCCGUGGCGCCCGCGGAGGACCGUAUUCCGGCCGCGGCCGAGGCGGCGGCUGGGGCACCUCCAUGCCUGCCCGGCAAUCUUCAAACCCGGCAUCACUGGGCAGCGGAGGAUCCGCAGGCGGAUCGGGUGCCGUGGGAGGUGCAGGAGGAUCAUCGGCCCCAACAGGCGCCAACAGCAUCCCCACGGGCCCUCGCUCGGCGUCAACAACCGCCACCACCUCACCCGCCCUAGCCAGCAGACCCUUUAACCCACCAACAGGCCCAUCUUUCCAGCAGCAGCAAACCCAACCUCCGACCGCCCCACAGCAACAACAACAACCACCCCAGCAGCAGCAGCAACAGCAGCAGCAGCCCGCCCCACCGCCACCUCAGCGAACACUCGCGCAGCAGAUCAUGAGCACGAUGCCGCUCAUAAUCCCGCACAACAGCAAGCUGGACCCGCAGUCGGCGUGCCUGGUCAGCGGCGUAGUCAAGGAGCUGGAGCCGCACCACCGCCGGCUCCGUGAGGACGAGGAACGCCUGCGCGACGAACUCAAGGCCAAAGAGGAGCGCCUGCGCAAGAGCCUGCGCGUCUACGAGCGGCUCGAGCGCGAGGCCCAGACCCACGCCCUUCGGUCCGAGCUCACGCAAAAGAGCCUGGACGAGUUGGGUGGAGGCAGGGCUGGCGGCGUUGCGUUUUAGUAGAAAGGACUGGGGCUGACUUGGGUGUUUUUCUCUCUCUCGAUUCUUUUUCUUCUUUCUUUGGGCAUGAGAGGAGGUAAUAAAAUGUCUAACAACAGUGUGUUGCCCAUGUACACUAGGCAGAAUCAAUACAGCGAUUUUGAACCUAUGCUCUCGAUUCCAGUUCAAAUGUGAGCAUCCAGUCGUCGUCGAGGGGUAGGCCUGUUCC